AUGCCUCGCAGCCCGACAUCCAGCGAGGACGAGAUGGCCCAGAGCUUCUCUGACUAUUCCAUGGGCUCAGAGUCGGACAGCUCCAAAGAAGAGACCAUCUAUGACACCAUCAGGGCCACAGCAGAGAAGCCAGGUGGUGCAAAGAUGGAUGAGAGUCAGAGCCACACACUGGUGAUCCGUGUGGUCAUCCAGGACCUGCAGCAGACGAAGUGCAUUCGCUUUAAUCCAGAAGCCACAGUGUGGGUGGCGAAGCAACGAAUCCUGUGCACUUUGAAUCAGGGGCUGAAGGACGUCCUCAACUACGGGCUCUUCCAGCCAGCCAGCAACGGGCGGGACGGCAAGUUCCUGGACGAGGAGCGGCUGCUGUGCGAGUACCCACAGCCCACGGGCCAGGGCGUGCCCUCCCUAGAGUUUCGAUACAAGAAGCGGGUGUACAAACAGUCCAACCUGGAUGAGAAGCAGCUGACCAAGCUCCACACCAAGACCAAUCUGAAAAAAUUCAUGGACCAUACUCAGCAUCGAUCGGUGGAGAAACUGGCCAAGCUGCUGGACCGUGGCCUGGACCCCAAUUUCCAUGACCUGGACACUGGAGAGACGCCCUUGACCCUGGCUGCCCAACUGGAUGACUCCACAGAGAUCAUCAAGACUCUCAGGAAUGGCGGGGCUCACCUGGACUUCCGUGCCAAAGACGGGAUGACCGCCCUGCACAAGGCUGCACGAGCGAGGAAUCAGGUUGCCCUAAAGACCCUUCUGGAGCUUGGCGCCUCCCCAGAUUACAAGGACAGCUAUGGCCUCACACCGCUGUAUCACACGGCCAUUGUCGGGGGCGACCCCUACUGUUGUGAGCUCCUCCUCCAUGAGCACGCAUCGGUGUGUUGUAAGGACGAGAACGGCUGGCAUGAGAUCCACCAGGCCUGCAGGUAUGGCCACGUGCAGCACCUGGAGCAUCUGCUCUUCUAUGGCGCAGACAUGGGUGCACAGAACGCCUCAGGAAACACGGCCCUGCACAUCUGCGCCCUCUACAACCAGGUCAGUGGCUCUCGGGACCCCAUCCUGCCUCUGGGGCCUGGCAGGGAUGUCUCAGUGCACACAGGCACUGCACGCCCAUACCUGUUCACAACCCUGCUUCCGGUCCUUGUGAGGAUGGACCCAGAAGUGGACUUUGCUGUGAACAGAUACGUGAGGCCACGCUGCUCUGUGUCAGACCCACUUAAGAGUCAAGGGUAG